AUGAAUGAAUCUUUAAUAAAGGAUUAUGAAGGCGGUAAAGUAAUAGUGGGUAGUAUCCCUCCUUUACUGAAGAGAGGACAAGUUCAGCAAGUAAAAAGACACAUAAAGAGGCAGAUCAAAAAUAACUUGAUAAUGACUGAUUAUAGUAGUGUACCUGUGGAGAAACUUCUAAAAACAGGUUUCCAAGUGUUGUACGAUGAGAAGGACCCCAAGAAAGCAUUAGAGAUUUAUGACACAGUAUUAUCCAAAUAUCCAAAUAAUACAAAGGCAUUGGUCUACAGAGCUGCAUCCUUAGAAAAAUUAUAUUUUGGUGAGAAAGAAAGUCAUCUAGAUAGUGUUAUUGAAGAUGCGCAUGAAACACUAUCUAAAGCACUUGUCGUUGCACAGGGGAGAGGUGACCGUGAACGGAUCGCAUUUAUAUACUUUAGGAUAUUUAUUCAUUAUUUCAAUAGAAAGAUGUAUCCACAGGCAGAAAAUUUCUUCAAACUUGCUAAAGAGCAUGGUUAUAAUGAUGCAACUUUCUCAAUGUGGGAGCAAAGAUUGCAAAGUAAAUUAGCCAAAUUAACUUCAAAUAAUUCACAGAGUGUCAAUGUUGCAAAACUGGAAGUGCCUGAGUCGAUAUCUUCAUUGCCUGUUCAGGAAGAGAAAGUUACAUUCAGGUCAGAUUGGUAUCAAACACCUAAUUAUGUCACAAUUUCAUUGUUCACUGACAAUUUGCCAUCAUCAACUGACGAUGUCAAGAUUGAAAUCCCUGAUGGUCAAAAUUUAUGUGUAUCUUUCAAAAUCGCAUCAAAAGGUUCAGAGUUUCAGUACGAAACCAAACUAUCUCAUAAGAUAGAGAGUGGAAAUAUCCAAUGUAAAGUGUUUACUAAGAAAAUAGAGAUUGUCUUUGAAAAAGUACAGAAAAGAGUUACAUGGCAUACCUUAAGCGUAGAAGAGAAAACAUCAGCAAUCCAAAAGACCCCGAAAGACAAGAAAGAUUGGUCAAAUAUAGAUAUAGAUGAGGAGGACGAGGAUGGAAAUGAGGAAAAUGGUAGUGCAGAUGCUUUUUUCCAAAAAAUUUAUGCAGAUGCGGAUCCUGACACAAGAAGAGCCAUGAUGAAGUCUUUCGUAGAAAGUAAUGGUACUACACUAAAUACAAGUUGGGGUGAUGUCAAAGAUGCUACAGUGGAAACCGUACCGCCUGAGGGAUCGGAACUAAAGCAUUUCUGA